UGUUCAUGGAGACUAGUUGCAGACUUCUCUUCUUUUGUCAUGGUUGUCGUCUAAUGGAGGCCCAAGAAUAUAGAAACGUGGAAGCCACUCGGGUUUCGUACAGUGUGCAAGUGUCCAACCAUGCUAUUUGACGAUUUAGCUUCGGCCUUUCACAUAUGCAUUGCACACCUUUGUUGCAGUUGAGAACUGAAAUAUGUUCAGGAUUCAAACUGGAGAUGCCUUGAACUUUGGUGUUGAGGUGCAUCCAUAUUCCUGGGGGACUAACGAUGUUUUGAGAAAUAUGACACGUAUCCUAGUUCCCGUACAGUUGUUCAAGAUACGUGACUAGCAUUCUAGUUUUAUCCAGUAAACCGCCUACGAAACCACAAGAAAGUUACAGUGCAAUUUUUCGAAUCAGGAAUGGGUGUAUUUUAUUUGGAUUCAGCAUCUGGUGGCUGCACCAAUAGUCUCUUUCGUGUUGUGUCGCUAUCUUCCUGUCCUGGAAGGAAUUUUCGCCUCGCCCCAUCACGGAUUCACGGCGACAUAUCAAGCAGUUCUAUCAAUACUAAUGGUGAAGUGGGGACACAUGAUAAUAUCACCAAUUCACCAUGAGCGCCCCCCUUGGGCCUCCCCAUUUGUUAACCACGAUGAGGUUACGCAUGUGGUGGCAACCAGCUUCGGCUCCAGCUACCAGCAAUUUUCUACCUUAAUUAAUAUGAAUAUAUAAAUACAGCAGGAAGUGGUCUCCUCGAGAAGAUGAACGAUAUCCGUCGGAUGCUGAUCCAAGGGUGCUAUCUAUAAUUGCAAUACCGUCUUUCUUUCGCGUUGCUCCUUUAUGUUAUGAUAUGGUGACGUUAUGCCAGGUUGUCAUGCUGAUGAGCAAGCUUGCCUGGUGAGCUAUAUAUUGAAGACAGAUUCAGUCGAGCUGAGGCACCAAUUGCUACGCAAAUGGCGGCCGAGCAAAAACGCCACAACAGUUCACAUGAUAUCACAGUAGACGGCCCCGCGCUGGAUGCUUGCCCUCCUGCCACCAAUCCAACAAAUGGAAACAGCCAGCCCCAUGAUACUCAGCCUCCUGCAAAUGGAAGCAGCCAACCCGAGGAGGUGAUCGAGAGCUACGAGCUCAUGCUCGACCUGAGCAAGUACAUCCUGCUGCUGGCAACGCUGGUGGCCACGGUGACAUAUGCCGCGGGGUUCAACCCACCGGGGGGCGUCUGGCAGGAGACUGUCGACGCCACGGGCCAAUUCGCAGGCGACUCCAUUAUCCGGACCACCAGCUACCACCGGUACCUGGUGUUCUACUACUGCAACGCCACCGCAUUUGCCUCGUCACUCGUGAUCAUCCUCGCCAUCCUCUUCCUCACCCUCAUGGAAGAGAAAAAGAAGAACCGCGUCACCCUCCUGCCACUGCGGGCGGUCAUGCUUGUGGACCUGCUAAGCGUCAUGGGAGCCUAUGCUGCCGGGACAUGCCGCGACAAGCCCACGACCAUCUUCUCCUCGGUGCUGGUGGUUGCCGUCGUUGCCUACCUUGCUCUUCAGAUGGUGCUAGCCUCGUUGCCAGAAGACAAGCACAGCUACAUCGACGCAGUGCAUGAGAAACGGCUACGAAAGGUCCUGAUGCUGCUCGCGACGUUCGCGGUGAGCGUGACAUACGUUGCCGGGAUGAGCACGCCAGGCGGCUUCUGGGACAACAGUGAGAACGGCCACAGCCCUGGCGACGCGAUCCUCAAGGACAGCCACGGCAAGCGCCUGACGGUGUUCUUGUUCUUCAAUGCCCUGGCGUUCGUGGCGUCCUUGCUCAUCAUUGUGGUGCUUCUGGACAGAAAACCUCGUGUGACUGAGGCAUACUGGUUCAUCGCCGUCGCGCUGAUCAGCCUCAUCGUCUCAUACACCGCAGGCAGCUGCAGGGAGACCGACACCAACUUCUAUGUGGGCAGCCUGGUUAUUGCCGUCCUGGCAUUCAUGGCAUUGCUGCAAGUUGCAGUUAUUCAAGGUACCAUAAAAGCUGCAAGCGAUACCAGGUUCUGGACCAAAAUCAAAAGCUUCCAUCGUUCGAGCACCAGGGUCGCAGCGGAGCAUGCUCGUUCCCUUGUACUGUUACUAGCCACUCUUGCCGCAACCAUCACUUACCAAGCAGGGCUGGAUCCUCCCGGUGGCUUCUGGCCGGGUAAUCGGGACGGCCACAUGGCUGGUGACCCGAUCCUCCUCACCGUGAACGCUAAGAGGUACAAGGCCUUCUUCUACUGCAACUCUGUCGCCUUCGUAGCCUCCUUGGUGGCCAUCAUCCUGGUCCAAAGCAAGGUUAUGCUCCAGACACACGUGCUCGAGGCAGCCAUGAUACUGGACUUGUUUGGCCUCAUCGGAGCAUAUGCUGCGGGAAGCUCUCGGGACUUGACCACCUCCAUUUAUGCCAUGGCCUUGGCUGGCGCCGUCCUGGUCUAUGUAGUGAUCCAUGUUGUCUUCUUCACACUGAACCAUGCCACCAACCCCACCAAAGAAGAAAUUAAGUCCGUGGAGAAGAGGCGCAAGCGGUUGCUCCUUUUCGCAGUCUUGGCCGCAACCAUCACUUAUCAAGCUGGGUUGACCCCUCCUGGCGGUUUCCGGCUCCAAGAUGAUAGCAGGCACCACGCUGGGGAUCCAGUCCUCCUAUACAACUUUCCCCGGCGUUACACAGCCUUCUUCUACUGCAACACGGUGAGCUUCAUGCUGUCCAUCGCACUGAUCAUACUGCUCGUGAACCCACAUCUAUACAGGCCUGCGAUUCGAAGCUAUGCACUCGCUGUUUGCACAGGGGCGGGCAUGUUUGGUCUGAUGGGAGCAUAUGCUGCCGGAAGCACGCAACAUCUGAAAACAUCCAUCUACAUUUUCGUCUUGGUGGUUGUGGUCCUCGUCGUUAUAGCUUUACUGCUCCUGGUAUUCUUGUUGAAGGAAAGGAACAACAUACCUGAAGACACGGCCGGUGAACUGGAGCCCAUUGAGGUAAGCAGUUGUACACCAGGAAAGGAAAAACAUGUCAUGCGCAAAUAUCUGAUGCUGCUAGGAAUCUUGGUGGCAAGCGUCACCUACCAGGCCGGCCUAGAUCCACCAGGCGGAGCUUGGCAGCACAGUGGGAAUGGAUACGACGCGGGCAACCCAAUCAUGCAUGACAACCAGAGGCACCGUUACCUCGCCUUCUUCUACAGCAACUCCACGUCCUUCGUGGCGUCCAUUGUUGUUAUCAUCAUUUUGCUACUGGAGUGGAAGGACGAGAAGAAAUGGUCGCUCAAGGUCAUGAACACGACGAUUGUGCUGGAUUUGCUCGCUCUCCUAGUGGCCUACGCAGCAGGCUCCAGCAGGGGGUGGAAGACGUCUAUGUAUGUCGUUGCACUAGUGACCGCCGUGCUGGUAUAUGUUGCAAUCCAUAUAGUGCUGGCAAUCUCAUGUUGUCAUAGCCCGCAGGAAGAGGAGAGCAGUGUGGAUCCUGCAUAGGUAAACUCCAGCGGCACCUGUUUCUGUUUGAUUAUUAGUGUGCACUGCAGUUCUGUUCAUAUGAAACAGUGGCAGUAAAGCCUGCGAUUCUUAUACGCCUAUCAAAAUGUCAAGGCAGGUGAUCAUUUUGUAUACCCAUUUCCCCUAGUAUCCUGAUUUACUUUAUUGCUAUUAUGUAAUACAAAUAGAAAGUGGGAAACUUGGAUUUUUUGUGGUGUGUGGCUCCUUUUUUAUUUUUAGUUUAUUUCUAUUCUUAGUUUCUGGCGGUGGCUUGUCCAGUCUCUGCUAUGACCUAUUCCUCCCCCUUUCUAGAAUUGUAGUGUACUUGAUGUUUGAUGUAACUGGAUUAUUUUAAAUCCCUCAAACUAGCUAGUACUGUAUAUUUGACCAUAAUGGCAAAAACUGUAAAUUUUUGCCUCAGGCAUAUUUGGACUUGAGUUGGGUGUAAACCUGAAUCCAGUGGAUGUGGCAAGUUUGCAGGACUAUGGAGCUAUGUAUGGUUCUACAUUUACAUGAUUCGGAGAUUAAGAGCAGUCUUCAUUAUUGUUAACACACAAAAAAGGAUCACUUGCGGACACAUCGGGCAUCUCUGCAGAAGAAUGGGCUCAUAGAUACAACCUCGAAGAUUCUCUUAUGGACAUCUACUCUAAAGAAGAGGAGUAUUGGCGCCAGCGGGGCUCUAUGAACUAGGUGCUGUUUGGUGAUGCCAACACUGCCUACUUCCAGGCCAUUGCUAAUGGCCGUCGUAGACGCUGCUCCAUUCCCCUUUUAUGGGAAGGAGGCCAGCUAUUUCAGGACCCCCCAGCGAUCCGGGCCCAUGUGGACGGAUUCUAUAAGUCGCUAUUUGCCGGGCGAACUAGGGGUGGUGUCUCCCUAGCGGACCACAUAUGGACACCUAGCCAACAAAUCUCCCCAGCGGAGAAUGCUGCUCUCCUCGCUCCCUUUGAUGCCACUGAGGUCGAGACUUUUGUGAAAGCAAUGAACCCGGCCUCGGCCCCAGGUCCCGAUGGUCUGCCGGUCCGCUUCUUUCAGGCAUUCUGGCCGAUGGUCAAGGAUGUCAUCCUCGACCUGUUCCUUGAGCUCUCUCGAGGAACAUUGGACGUCUCCCGCCUCAAUUACGGGAUCAUUUCCUUGAUCCCGAAGGUCCCGGGUGCGGCAGACAUUCGGCAGUUCCGGCCUAUCACAGUUCUCAACGUGCUUUUUCAGAUUCUGGCCAAGGGGUACGCCACUAGGGCGGCCCUGAUUGCCCCCCGGAUCCACCAUCUGAACCAGACGGCCUUCAUCAAAGGCCGAUAUAUUUUGGAUGGGAUCCUCGUUCUCCACAAGGUCAUUCAUGAAGUCGAGCGAACACCUCCACGCGGUGUUCCUCAAGAUUGACAUCCAUAAGGCGUACGACACUGUACAUUGGUCCUUCCUUCGAGAGGUGAUGAUGAAGUGUGGUUUCGACCCACACUGGAUUGCUCGGGUUAUGCAGCUUGUUACAAGUGGGCGCACGGCUGUCAACAUAAAUGGGGAGGUCGGCUCGUACUUCCUGACUGGCCAGGGAGUACGGCAAGGGGACCCUCUCUCCCCAUUUCUCUUCAAUCUUGUGGUCGAUGCCCUGGCAACGGUCCUAGACUUGGCCAAACACGCUGGCCACAUUAGGGGGAUUUGCCCCCAUCUCGUGGGCGACGGAGGUUUGACCCACCUCCAGUAUGCGGACGACACCAACAUGAUGGUGGAAGGCUCGGACGAGGAUAUUCGGCACCUCAAGUUUCUCCUUCUCUGCUUUCAGGAGAUGUUGGGUCUCACGAUUAACUUUGCCAAAAGUGAGGCGAUGGUUCUUGGGUACUCUGAGGAGGAG